CCCGGGAGACCGAUUAGGAAUUUCCGUAAAAUCCGAAUGCAAUUACCCUAUUACGUCAAUGCGAAUGGUAAGUGUCGGUUUCGGUCUGAGAGAUUGCGUCAUCUUAAAAAACAAAACUUAAAUUUCAAAUAACACCUAAAAUAAUAGAAGAGCUGUUACAACUAGCCUGUUAACAUCAUAAGUAUAGAUUAAGAUGGAAAACGCUAAAAGGACGCUAUCGAUUACGGCUAAUCAAAACAUUAACGAACCGUUAAUGGAAUGUGACGAAAAGAACCUCCCCUCCCAAGUUAAUGUUUUACGGAUCGUUAACGUUGGUAACAUAUUAAGGGGCGAAGAUAAUGAAUCAAAAUGGUUGCAUGAUAAAGAAAAACUCUUGCUAGAAACCAAAUCGUCUUUAAAUGAUCAACAAGGUAAAAGGGAUAAGGAUACGUUACGACGAGACAAAGAAGAUCUCAUUUCAUUCUCUUGUCCAAAACCGCCUGUUUCGCCCCUACUUUGGGAUCAUAUAAUAGAACAUAAAGUAAAUAAUAUCGAGAAAGGUGACAGGUGCGAACCGUAUCCAUCCUGCGGCUGUCCGCAGUCUAACAAUCCCGCCUCUAGCCCACGCUUUUCUGAGUAUUCAAUAGAUUUUGACACCGACAGCGAAGACAGUCGACCGUCGUGUUGUAACUUCACUGAGUACAAGAUUAAUAAUCUAGAAGGCUGUGCAAAAAACCAAGCCGUUCCAGUGUGUCAAGGGGCUUGCGAAUUUAGAUGCAUUGACGGGACGCAAGAAAGCUCAACCGAUUGCCUCCCAUAUUCUCUAAUACCGACUCUGAGUCCUUUUAGUAAUAAAGUAAUCAAGGAGGAACAAGAGCUAUCUGUUGACCUGGUUUCAAGUCAAAUAACUUACCUCGAAUCGUCCGUUUGAAAUGCUAAGAUUUAGUUGAAAAAAUUAUAUCCUUCCUUUUUCCCCUUACAAUAAACAAGUAUGAAAAUUAUGGAAAAAGAUGAAAGACAAUAUACUAUAAAUAGAAAAUAAAGAAAGGAAUAGAGAAUUUAACGCUUCUCAUUCACAAAAUGCGCUUGGGCAGAUAGCUAAGCAAUCGAUUCUUAACUAAUUAAUAAU